GACGAAGAAAGAGCUGCACGUUUACGCAGGAAUGCUGAAAGGGCAAAAUUGAAAUUGUUAAUGGGAACAGCAGAAGAAGGACUAGAGAAGUGGGGAGAUCAAGAAGAAUGGAGUGAACAUAAUGAUCUUAAAAGUUCACUAAAAAGUCUGCGUUCUUCUCUUCUGUACUCCGCGAUUGGUGAUGAGAUGCCAAAAGUGAAAGGUCUCAUUACUUCAGCUCCUUCAUCAGCGAACCAACAUAAGAAGCCUCUUUGUUAUGCUAUCGUUGGGAUCGGAUCAGCUGCUGAGCGAACCAUAUUCGCAAGGCUCAUGAGAAGGUUUGAAUUUGAUGACUUGAUGUUUGUAAGUAAUCCAGAAGUCGAAGAGGUUGGCAGACCGGCAACGACAACGAACAUGAGUGGCUGUCGGCAAGAUAAAAAUUCGGAAGCCAGCGAUGAUGACGAUGUAGUGAUUUUGGAAGAUAGUAAUUCAGCACCUUCAACUUCCAUACAGUCAGGUCCUGAAUCUCUUUCGAAUACUCCAAUAAAUGAGGAAAAUGGACAUAAUGGAGGUGGGAGUAGCUAA